GCUUUUUUUCGCUUCUCUUGUUGAUCCAUGCAAUCCAUCACUGGCCUUUCCCGGCUCUCGUCGCGCGUCGCCUCUGCAGUGCGUAUGGGCGCUGCUCGCCAGCAAAGCCGAUCCUUCCACGCCAGCCGCGCCGCCCAUGCAGCUGGCUUCAACUUUUACCCCGACGUGGCCCCUGCUGAGCUCGGCGAAACCAAAAAGAUGAACUUGUACCAGGCCGUCAACGAUGCCAUGAACAUUACUCUUGCCACAGACCCGACAUCCGUUGUCUUUGGUGAAGACGUUGCUUUUGGCGGUGUCUUCCGUUGCACGCUGGAUCUGGCCAAGCGACAUGGCGCGGACCGUGUCUUCAACUCGCCCCUUUGCGAGCAAGGCAUUGUCGGCUUCGGCAUCGGCAUGGCCGCAGCAGGCGCGACCGCGAUCGCUGAGAUUCAGUUUGCGGAUUACAUCUUCCCGGCCUUUGAUCAGCUUGUGAACGAGGCUGCAAAGUACCGUUACCGCUCUGGUGAUCUCUUCAACGUCGGCAAGCUCACAGUUCGCGCACCCUGCGGCGCUGUCGGUCAUGGUGGCCACUAUCACUCCCAGAGCCCCGAGGCCUAUUUUGCACACACUCCUGGUCUCAAGGUGGUCGUGCCGCGCAGCCCUAUUCAAGCCAAGGGCUUGCUGCUUGCGGCCAUCCGUGACCAGAACCCCGUUGUGUUCUUUGAGCCCAAGAUCAUGUACCGAACGGCCGUCGAGCAAGUCCCCAUCGGUGAUUACACUCUUCCUCUAUCGCAGGCAGAGAUUGUCCAGGAGGGCUCAGACGUCACACUUGUCGGUUGGGGCACUCAGCUGCAUGUCCUUCGCGAGACGGCCAAGCUCGCCGAGGAGAAGCUCGGUGUCAAGUGCGAGGUCAUUGAUUUGCGAACAAUUAUGCCGUGGGACGUUGACACGAUCGAGAAGUCGGUCAACAAGACUGGCCGUCUUUUGAUUGCCCACGAGGCUCCCUUGUCAGGUGGCUUUGCAGGCGAGAUUGCCAGCACCAUUCAAGACCGCUGCUUCUUGCGGCUCGAGGCGCCUAUUCAACGCGUGUGCGGCUGGGACACUCCUUUCCCGCUCAUCUUUGAAAAGUUCUACAUGCCCGAUACUCUCCGUUGCUUCGAGGCAAUCAAGAAGAUGAUUAACUACUAAGGAGGCCUUCUCCGAUGCAUUGCUCUCCGAGAAUGUUUGGUUGUUGUUGUUGUGGUAUUAAAAACUCUGAAAACAAACCCAGUUUUUCGAUCC